AUUUAAUUUCAAGGAAAUCCAUUAAACUUCUCAUCCAAACACAAACAGAGAAUCCAAAUCUGCAUUGACAAAAUUGAUCAAAUGGGAGAUCAACAUCAACCGAAGUUGUUUGGGUAUUGGGUAAGUCCAUUCAGUGUCAGAGUUGAGAUUGCGUUGAAGCUCAAAGGAAUUCAAUAUGAAUACUUUGAAGAAGAUCUAGCCAAAAAGAGUCCUCUGCUUCUGCAAUACAACCCUGUUUACAAAAAAGUCCCUGUCUUGGUUCACAAUGGGAAACCCAUUGUCGAUUCCCUUGUGAUAUUGGAAUACAUUGAUCAAACUUGGAAAGGUAAAUAUCCCAUCUUGCCUGAGGAUCCUUCUGAAAAAGCCAUUGCACGUUUCUGGGCUAAGUUUGUUCAUGAAAAGUGCUCGCCUGCACUAUUUAAGACCAUUUGGAGUCUGGGAGAGCAAUAUGAGAAAGAUAAGGCAGAAGCUCGGGAGCUGCUGAAAGUGCUUGAGGAUGAAAUUCAGGGGAAGAAAUUCUUCGGGGGAGACAGGAUUGGAUUGGUGGACAUUGUUGCCAACUUCAUAGCAUUCUUGUACAGGGUUGUGCAGGAAGCUAUUGGUCUGGAUGUGUUCACAAAAGAUGAGUUCCCAAAUCUUUGGCGAUGGGCUGAAGACUUCGUUAAUCAUGGCGACAUCAGUCAGAAUCUGCCUCCCAGGGAGAAGCUAAUUGCUAAUUUCCCUCCACCUUAUCUGGGACAACAUCUCGUCGACUUCUUUCAUUCUCGUUUGGCAUCCUCUGCUUCGGAUGGUAAUUAAAGCUGCAAUAUAAACCAGAGAAAGUGAACACACUUUCAACCCAUUUGCCAAUUUGAAGCAUCAAGAAAGAAUCAAAGAGUCUUGCAACCAAGUUGACAAAACUAAAUUCAGUGUAUGAAAAUCCCGAUGAUCAAAUCACUGAAAUGCAACUUUGUUGAUUUUAUUUCUCGACUCAGACAUCAGGAUUAAUAAAUAAAUAAAUAAAUUCCGAUGACCAAGUUGACCAAAAAGUUACUUUGAUGCUUAUUUUGUUUUUUUUUGUUCGUCGACUUUAGCAUCGAGUUAAGAAACCCGACGCCUAAUAUCGGCAAAUCUCAACUUUUUGUUUAUUUUCAUUCGUC